GCACAUUGUUUGUAACGUCUAUAAAUUUCAACUCUUUAUCACUUCGAAAGAAAAUAUACAAGCAUCUUUGAAUUCAAGAACCAGAAAGAAAAAAAAGAUGAAGGUGCUAUUUUUCAUGCUUCUUUUGAUAAUCUCAUGGCUUACACAGAAGAUUACUUGUGUUCCUCAAGAAUCUCGAGUACUAGAUAGAAGUAGUUUUCCUGAUGAUUUUAUUUUUGGAACUGCUAUAUCAGCCUUUCAGAGUGAAGGUGCAACAAGUGAAGGUGGAAAAUCGCCAACUAUUUGGGAUUACUUUAGCCACACAUUUCCAGAAAGAACCAAUAUGCAUCAUGGAGAUGUGGCCGCCGAUUUUUAUCAUCGUUAUAAGGGUGACAUCAAACUGAUGAAAGAGUUAAACAUGGACGCUUUUAGAUUUUCGAUUUCGUGGGCCAGAGUAAUACCUAGUGGAAAGGUAAAAGAUGGAGUAAACAAAGAAGGUAUACAAUUCUACAAGGCUCUUAUAGACGAGCUUAUUGCUAAUGGCAUUGAACCUUCAGUGACUCUCUAUCAUUGGGACCAUCCUCAAGCUCUUGAGGACGAGUAUGGUGGUUUUUUAAGCCCUCAAAUAAUAGAUGAUUUUCGAAAUUUCGCAAGAGUUUGUUUUGAAAAUUUCGGAGACAAAGUUAAGAUGUGGACAACUAUCAACGAGCCUUAUGUCAUAAGUGUUGCGGGCUAUGAAACAGGCAACAAAGCGGUUGGAAGGUGCUCAAAAUGGGUGAAUAGCCGGUGUCAAGCCGGUGACUCAGCUGUUGAACCUUACAUUGUAUCACAUCACCUUCUUCUUUCCCAUGCUGCAGCAGUACAAGAGUUCCGAAAUUGUAACAAGACUUUACAAGAUGAUAAGAUUGGGAUAGUGCUAUCGCCUUGGUGGAUUGAGCCUUCCGACUCAACUUCUUUUACUGACAAAGAAGCUGUUGAACGAGGCCUUGCCGUAGAGGUAGAUUGGCAUUUACAUCCGGUGAUUUACGGAGAUUAUCCAGAAAUAAUGAAAAAGUAUGUUGGGCAUAAACUCCCUUCUUUCACACCAGAGGAAUCAAAGAUGUUAAUAAAUUCAUCAGAUUUCAUCGGACUAAAUUAUUAUAGCGCACGCUUCACCGCUCAUCUUCCUCGCAUUGAUCCUGGUCGGACCCGAUUCAGAACUGAUCAUCAUUAUGAGAAGAGAGUAACAAAUCACAGUGACCACCAAAUCGGACCAGGGGAAGAGCGAGGCAUAAUACACUCGUACCCAGAAGGUUUACGAAGACUUCUUAACUACAUCAAAGAUAAAUAUAAUAACCCUAUCAUCUAUAUAAAAGAGAACGGAGUUAAUGACUACGAUGAUGGUUCAAAAUCACGGGAAGAUAUGCUCAAUGACACAUUUAGGAUAAGCUACCAUAAGGACCAUCUUAAACAACUUCACAAAGCUAUAAUAGAUGAUGGAUGCGACGUCAGAGGAUAUUACGUGUGGUCUUUACUAGACAACUUCGAGUGGGAGGUUGGAUACUCAUCCAGAUUUGGUCUGUACUAUGUUGACUACCAAAAUCUCAAACGGUACCCUAAAAAUUCCGUUAACUGGUUCAGACAGUUCCUGAGUAGACCAACGGUGGUAAAAACUGGAGAAACACACAAUGAAGAAGUAUGGAAUGUGUUAGGUGAUGAAGAAUAUAAUAGUAAUAAGACUGGUUUAGAGGGUUUCAAGAGUUCAGUUGAUCCUAUUGUCUAUCUCAUGAUGAAAAAUUGAUCGAGAGUUGAAGAAGACGAAGAAGAAGAGGAGAAAGGUUUUUGUGCUCUUUUGAAUCCUAAUGACCAGUUGCGUUUCUGACUAAAGCCACGAAAAUCUUUGGGGCUCUAGAGAACUCUAUAGGUUUUCUAGUUGUGGUGUUUUAGUUCUAUGGAUAUUAUCAAUAAGGGAAAUAUGAAGUCUAUAUGUAUCAGUGAGUAUGGACUCUAAUUAAUUACGUGAAACUAGUAGUGUAUACUAGAUAUGUAUGUUCUUUCGCUUUUUUUGUUG